AGUUAAUCAAUCUACAACAUCCUCAUAUUUAAAGCAACGGUUUGUAUCUCGAGACACGCGCAGAAACAUGUGUACACCAACCAACGUUAUCCGUCCGCCAUGGAUGCUACAAAGGAGGCUCAGUCUACUACCCAUAGUCGACCCGUCCCCAAGACGGUGACCGAGAAAUACGCAGAUGUUACCCUGCGCUUGAUCGAAGACCAUGGGGAUGAGUUUGGGCCCCUGACUCCCGAAAAGGAAAAGGCGUUGCAGCGGAAACUAUACCGCAAUAUUAUGAUUCUGAUAUCCGCUAUCAACAUCAUCUUAUUUAUCGACAAGUCUACGCUGGGAUAUGCUGCCAUUCUGGGCCUUUUCGAAGAGACUGGAAUCACAAAAGAUGAAUACAAUAACUUGAAUACCUUUUUCUACGUCGGGUAUCUUGCCGCCCAGUGGCCUGGACACUAUCUUCUACAGAAGCUUCCAUUUGGCAGAUUUGUCGCCUCGAUUAUAUUUCUCUGGGCUGUCGUCAUUCUCCUUCACUGCGUAGCUACCAAGUACGCUGGGCUUGUUGUCCUCCGCCUUGCCCUCGGCGCCGUUGAAGCAGUUAUUGUGCCCGCCAUGGAAAUUACCAUUGGCAUGUUCUUUAACCGUGAGGAACAAGCUUUUCUGCAACCAAUAUUUUGGGUCACUUGUCAGGGGGCUCCCAUCGUGGCUGGAUUUAUAUCCUACGGUCUGCUGUGGAGCAAGAGCUCUGUGCUGCCUUGGAAGCUAUUUAUGAUAACCACAGGCGGUUUGACCCUCUUACUCGCCAUCUGGACCUGGUUCUGUUAUCCCAACAAUCCAGCCGAGGCCCGGUUCCUCACCUUAGAAGAGAAAGUCCAAGUUAUACAACGGGUACACGGCUCUAGUCAGAGUUCCAUCGAACAGAAGCAGUUUAAGAAAGCCCAACUUAUCGAGACUUUAAAGGAUCCCGUCUCGUGGCUAUUCGCGCUCCAAGCAUUCACGUUGAUGUACUCAAAUAAUCUCACAUACGGCCAGCAGAAUCUCCUGACCACCUCUCUCGGCGUCUCCAGCCUCGGCUCUACGUUAGUUGCAGUAGCAGGCGGCGGCUUCGGGGUGGUUCUUUGUAUCGUCGCCGCUGUAGCACUCAAAUGGCAUCCGCGAAACUUUGCGGUCCACAGCUUGAUCUGGUGCAUUCCCGCCGUGGCAGGCGGAAUUGGCAUGGUGGCUAUCCCGUGGGAUCGGAAACUGGCAUUAUUGACAUGUCUGCUGCUCGCAGGACAUACGUACGGUAUCACGUACAUCAUCGCGCUCGGCUGGACAACAUCGUCGGCAGCGGGCUACACCAAGAAGCUAACACGGAACGUCAUGUUCAUGAUCGGCUACAGCGUCGGUAACCUCGUGUCGCCGCAGAUAUGGGUCCCCGUCGCGGCGCCCCGAUACUACGGCGCUUGGAUUUCCAUGAUUGUCGUUAGUUGGGUCGGCACGCCGGCCAUCCUAUUCAUCAUCCACUUCAUUCUGGCGCGCAGGAAUGCAGAGCGGGAAAGAUGGAUCGCGGAGUUUAGCGAGGAGGAAAGGGAAGCCGGUCGUGUUGAGCAAUACGAUGAGGAUGGGCAGGUGGUUACGAAAAAGGUGGACAUUGCUAUGCUGGAUUUGACGGAUAUGGAGAACAAGUUCUUCAUAUACCCGUUAUAGUUUCGAUUUUCAGGGGCGUCAAACCUGGACUGCCACACAGCGUGUUCUUAUCUACAAGAACACAAUUUUAAAUCGAAGUACAUACCCGAAUAGAAUUUAGUCCAUGUCACUUGCAAAUGCACGUUCUAGGAGUCGUGCUUUUGCCGCCGCUGGAAUAGUAUCAACCACGGGUUUAAGGCACGAAACUCUAGAUGUCCGAACGUUCGUCUCGGCUGCCACCUCCGGUCAUUUUACGU